CUUGACCGUUUUCUGCUGUUGACCGUCUCUGUGACUCUUGAACAGGUUUUAUCUUAGCAAGACCAAGGGACGAUGGGUGAUAUCGAAGAUCAAGCCUCAUGUCUAGCCGAUCGACUAUCUCAAUCGGUCUCACUCCUGGCUGGGAACUGUCGAUCAAUCAAAGGAACGUCGAUCGGGAAGGACCAGGAGGAGGUAGACCUGGAAGGACAGAGGAAGACACUGAUUGACGAAACACUCGAACUAUCCAAGGAGAUCUUCAACUCAGCACUCAAGGCCGAAUCAGAACAUCUCCCAGUCCUAGAAGCCUUGGUCACCACCUCAACUGACCAAUCGAACCAACCCACUGCCAAUCAGUCUGCCAACUUGUUACCCAGAACACCUCUCGAAGAACUCUACCUCCCAACUGAAACCGAUCCUCUAGCCAUCUGGCAUCAACUCUCACUCAGGCAGAACUGCCUCAUCAAUUGGGUCAAGGACACACUCGACCUGGACAUCCAAGCCGAUCAACAACAAGAUCAACAAGAUCAAGACACAACCAAGAAGGAUACCCUAGCACUCCAACUGGAACAUGAUCCUGACUCACUCUCUGAAGAAUCCGAUGAGCUCUCCAGUCUCGACGAAGAGGACGACUCCUCCUACGCAACCGAACAACUCUUCUCCUCCGGCGAAGGAGAAGACUCGGACGAUCAGUCUCACCCUGAACCAAACGAAUCUUACGUCACCACAUUAAAUGAUGCCGAUCAAGAUGAUAGCAGUCAAAUUUCCACCGAAGAUGAAGAUGAAGAUGAAGAUCAUCAGGAUGAAAAAAAAGAUAAGGGACUAAACAGAACGCUCUCCCUCGACAAGCUCGAAUCACGAUCAUCAUCUUCAUCUUCAGCCUCGUCCAAGAACAAACCCAAACCUCGGCGAUCGAAAGUCGACAGCGACUUCUUCUCAUUGGCCGAAUUCGAACAGGAAGCCGAGGAUGGUGAAGCAGAGAUGAGGAGGAAGCUGAGGCGAUCAACCGGUCUGAGUGGUCAACCUGAGGAUGAUGAGGAUAGUGAAGAAGAGGAAGAGGUCGAUCUGUUUUCAAGGUUCGAUACUGGGUUGAUAGAUGACGAGGAUGCUAUGGAUGAUGAUGAGGAGGAGGGUGGACAAGUCGAUCUGGAUUCAGUCGCAGAUCUCAGGUAUAAUGACUUCUUUGCCCCGAUCGCCAAGAAACCGCCUGGAAAGCGACAACCCAAACCAGCUGAUACCCCAUCUGAACCUGGUACCAAGAAAAAAAUCAAACUACAGCCCAAACUCGGGAAGGUCAAGUUCUCGGAGGAAGUCAAAGUCAAAGAGAUCCCUGCCAAGAACCGAGGUGUACGGGUGGCUGAAAUGCUGAGUGGCGAGGAUGAUGGCGAUGAAGAUGAAGAUGACGAUGACGAUGACGUAGAUUUUCAGUCGGAUGAUGAGAGUGGCAGUGAAGAUGAGGAGGAUCAGGAAGAGGGCUCGGACGAUCAUCAUUCAUCCGGUGACAGUGACUCAGAUUCCAACGACCUUGACAGUCAAGACGAAGACGGAGGAGAAAAGACGAUGAAUCGACUGAGUGGAGAUCUCUUUGACGAUGGCUUCUCAGAGGAUGGCUCGGGUUCAAAUGACUCGGAUCGAGGGCAGGCCGAAGAAGAUCUUUCGAGACAUGCAAAGAAGAUGAAGAGCCUAUCUAAACAGAUCGCUCAACUCGAAGCAGAGAACGUGGCCAAGAAGGAGUGGAUGAUGAAGGGCGAAGCCGCAUCAAAAGAUCGUCCUCAGAACAGCUUGCUCGAGGAGGUUUUGGAGUUUGAACAUAUUCAAAAAAUCGCUCCAGCUGUGACUGAGGAAAAAACUCAAAACCUGGAAUCCUUAAUCAAGCAAAGGAUCCUCGAAGGUAAUUACGACGAUGUGAUUCGGAAGCGGCCAAUCGACCCAAAAGUGUUUUUACCAUCCCGGUUGUUAGAAUUACAAGACACUCAGGCGACAAAAUCCUUGACGGAGAUCUAUGAAGAUGAAUAUACCAAGAAGAAGAGCCAUUCAGAAACCGGACAGAGGGCGAUGGAUGUGAAGGACGAGAAGUUGAGCAAGGAGCACGAGGAGUUGAAGGGAAUGUUCGAGAGCUUGAGUGGGAAGUUAGACGCCUUGAGCAAUGCCCACUUCACCCCUCACCAGCCCACGGCGACGAUCAAGACGAUCAACAACCUACCGGCGAUCUCGCUCGAGAGCAGUCUUCCGACGGCCACCGGAGCCGGAACCCUGUUGGCCCCUGAAGAGCUCUUCAACGUCCGAUCGACCAAGGAGCUUGUGACUGACGUUGAUAGUCUGACUCAUGCACAGAAACAGAACUUGCGCACUCAUCUCAAGAAACAUAAGUCCAAGUCCUCGACUGGUUCGGGGUCUGGCUUGACUCAGAAUCAGAAGAAGGACCAUCAUCCGGAAUCCUCCUCUGCCUCGAACGAUCAAAAACACGAUCGAUCGUCUGUUAAGGAACAGAAACUUGCUUCGUUAAACUUGCUUCAAAAACCCUCUAAUACACUCGCUCAAAAUAUCACGAUCCUUGGUAAUAACUCUAACCUUAAACGCUCUUCUGAUCUCGAUCUUCAUCCUUCCAAGAAUAAAAAUAAGAAUCGUAAAUUGGAAAGUGGGGCUUCUUUAAAGUUGUAAACUCGCGCAUUCACUUUGUCUCUGUUUUUUUUUUUUACAAGUUGGUCUUUCGACGUAAUAAAAGUCACAAAGGAUUGUUUGAUGUGGUUUAUCCUUUUCUCUUAUGAAUUUCUUUUAAUGAUUGAAAAUUGAAAAGAUUAAGGCCAUCAACC